GUUGAGCCGCUUUCGAGUUUGCCGACUUUCUGAACUGACCAGCAGAAGUUUAGGCUGACUUUGGCACAGAACUGCAUAACAAACCAUGAACUGCUCAGCGUCAGAACCCGCCACAUCAAAACGUCUUUCAUGGGGAAGAAUGGUCCAGAAACUUAUGGAGAUGAGCCACGAAGAACACACGAAACAAAUCUCUAUCUCUGAGGAAAGACAAUCAGGAUGCUUUCCAGUGAUUUCAACAGAAGACCCAUUUGAAGAGGCACUGUGUGCUGAGACUAUGGACAAUCUGUCUGAUAUUCUUGGAGAGGCCAGUGCCAGAGCCCUAGGAUGGACAAAGCUUCUGGUUCCUCAUCAGUUACUGAAGCACAUUGGACAGGAGCUCCUCCACCUGGCAGCUGGUGAACCCUGUGGUCUGAGAGGAGCUCUAAUUGACCUGUGUGUGGAGAAUGGCAAGUCCUAUCAAAGCAUUGGACAACUAUCUGUGGACCCCUCAACUGUGCCAACUUUUCAUCUUACAUUUUUGCUGCGUCCAGAUCUUGGUGGACUAUGGCCAAAGUUUACAAUGAAGCUCAGUAAUACGGUCAGACUGAGCACGGGCUUUACAGUGGUCAAAAAGAAGCUUUACAGCUCGAGUGAAGUGUACAUAGAAGAAUUAUGACCCAAAGAUAUCUAUCACAAAGGAUACCUGGACUUACAUAUAAUCACCUGGGGACUCCUUUGUAAUUUGCCUUCUUUCUUAUUUAAGAAAAUGACUCCAAUUAUGUUUGGACUAUGUGUGGGUUUUACCAUGCAAGUUGUGGGCAGACAUGCCAAAUGUGUUGAUUCAGCACAAUCAAUAUGAAGAAUUUAUAUUGUAAGUCCAUUACUGGACUAUGGCAGCUAUCAAACCUACCUCAAGAAGGACAUUAUUAUUGUUUUGAUACUUUAUUUAUUACAGAAACUGUCAUGUAAAACCAAUGUGCCUUUGUUAUGCUGGAAUAUUUGCACACAAUUCUUCUUUGCCAAGUUUACAAAUAUUGUGCCCAUUUAUGAAUUGUUCAUGUACAGAUGCAAGUUUUGUUUGCUCUCAAGCAAUGACAUUAAAUGUACCUUGAAUCUGAAUUGAUUCUUGACUGAUA